CAAUAAUAACCGAUAAUAAUAAUAAUUUAUCAAAAAGGUGAUCAGCAUAUAUACGAUCUUGGUUUAAUAAUAUUAAGAGAAGUGAUAACGAAUCAUAUAUGCCGAGCCCUUUUGACAUUCCUUGCUUUCCCCCCGUCCUUCCAUUAUCAGCCCAACCCAGUCCAUCAGUCUAUGAAAAGUAACGCAACAUAUUAAAAGCUGGCAUACAGCUUACACAUCCUUUGUGGUCUCCGAUUUUGUCCUCAACAUUCAAUCUCGAAUCUCAGCAAGUUUCCUUGCAUACUUCGUCAAAACUGUAAUCCUAACAAUAAGCAAAGAAAAGGAAUAAUGUGGAUGAAAGUUUACUCAUCAGAUCAAUCACUUCCAGCUUCCAAUAUCACCACACAUAUCCCAGUAUGUCUCUUUUCUUUGUCCAAACUUAUCGCUCUUCAUCAUGACUCUUAUUCUGUACAUAUUUCUUGCAGCAGCACUGCUUCUGCAUGUUCCAUUUUCAACCUUUGUUAUUUCCAUCAACAUUGAUGUUUUUCGCACUGAAGAACGAGAUGCAUUGUUGCAGCUAAGGGAUUCUAUGACUUCCUCUUUAGACUUGCAUUCAAAUUGGACUGGGCCACCUUGUAUUGCAAAUUUUAGCAGAUGGGUUGGUGUUGUUUGUUCUGAUUGGCAUGUAAUUCAUCUUGUUCUUGAAGGAAUCCAACUUUCAGGCCCUCUCCCUCCUGCAUUCCUGCACAACGUUUCUUUAUUGACUAAACUCAGUUUCAGAAACAAUUCAGUCUCUGGACCGCUUCCUAAUCUCAACAAUCUUGUUCUCUUGGAAUCUGUGCUCCUUUCAUACAACAGGUUUACUGGUUCAAUUCCACCUGAGUACAUUGAAUUGCCAAAUCUGAAAGAGCUAGAGUUUCAGCAGAAUUAUUUAGAGGGUCAAAUUCCGCCAUUUGAUCAACACAACUUGACAGAUUUCAACGUUUCUUACAAUUAUUUCCAAGGUUCAAUUCCUCGAACAGAGACUCUUCGAAGGUUCCCAGAGAGCUCCUACGGUCAUAACUUGGAUCUUUGUGGUUUUCCAUUAGAGCCGUGCUCAGCUCCAUCUCCUGCUCCUGCCAUUAUUUCACCACCUCCUCCCCCUCCAAUAAGACCAAGGCAGGACGAGAGAAAGAAACUCGAAAUUUGGAUCGUUGUUUUAAUUGCUGCACUGGCUGCUUUCGUUCCAUUGCUGGUAGUGUUUGUUCUCGUGUGUUGUUACAAGAAGGUGCACGGAAAAGAAACAGCAAAAGAACCACAAUCAGGGGUUGGCCCUGGAGGAUGGACAGAGAAGAAAUUGUCACAUUCUCAGAGCUCAAAGGAUCCAGAAAGAAGGGUAGAGUUGGAAUUUUUUGACAGGAAUAUACCAGUGUUUGAUUUGGAUGAUUUGCUAAGAGCAUCUGCAGAAGUGUUAGGCAAGGGGAAACAUGGCACUACCUACAAAGCAAACUUAGAAUCUGGUGAAGUUGUUGCCGUUAAGAGUCUUAAAAACAUAAACGGCUUGAUCAAGAAAGAAUUUAUCCAGCAAAUGCAGCUUCUGGGAAAGCUGAGGCAUGAAAAUCUGGUGCAGAUUAUUUCAUUUUACAACUCCAAAGAGGAAAAGCUUGUUGUCUAUGAAUUUGUACCUACUGGCAAUCUGUUUGAGCUAUUGCAUGAGAAUAGAGGGAUUGGAAGAGUUCCUCUGAAUUGGGCUGCGAGGUUGACUAUAAUCAAGGAUAUAGCCAAGGGUCUGGAAUUCCUCCACCGAUCCUUGCCUUCUCACAAGGUUCCUCAUGCCAAUCUCAAAGCAUCUAAUGUGUUAAUCCAUCAAGAUGGCCAAAGCUACUGCGCCAAGCUCACAAACUAUGGCUUCUUGCCGCUGCUACCUUCUCGGAAGUUGUCUCAGAGGCUAGCCAUUGGCAGGUCGCCGGAAUUCUCUCAAGGGAAGAAACUCACACAUAAAACUGAUGUAUAUUGCUUUGGCAUUAUCCUGCUAGAGGUCAUUACUGGUAGGAUUCCGGGGGAGGGUUCACCCGGAAAUGAUGAGAUAGUGGAGGAUCUUUCCGACUGGGUUCGGACGGUGGUUAACAAUGAUUGGUCUACUGAUAUAUUAGAUGUAGAGAUAUUGACAACAAGAGAAGGCCAUGAUGAGAUGUUGAAGCUUAUAGAGAUGGCUCUCCAGUGUACAGAUGUGACGCCAAAGACACGGCCAAAAAUGAGUGAAAUAUUGAGAAGGUUAGAAGAGAUUGAGCUCAGAAAUUGAUAAAUUAUAUUUACAGCACAAAGAUAAUGCAGAACUCAAAUUGGGUUAAAUUGAUUUCUUUUCACAAGUGCUAGGAAAUUAAUGAAUCAUUUUCAUCUGCAUCUCUCUGAAAGUCACCCAACCAGAUUAAUACGCACAUACACUCUCGAUAAAUUUUAGAAUAACACACUAAUUUCAUACAUCUGUGUUAUAUAAAAUGGCAAAUCAGCUAUCAAAAUAGAUUUCUAAAAUCUUAUUUUUACUUUACAUCUGUUUCAUGCAUUAAUUCUAUAUGAACAACGCACGACAAGUUUAACGGUAUAAUAGUGAUU